AUGGGAAGCAACACAACAAGGAAUAUGCAGGUGUUGAACUUGAGAAGGGAGUUUGAGUUGUUGAGGAUGAAAGAAUCAGAGAAAGUGAAGGAGUAUGUUGACAGGCUGAUGAGUGCGAUCAACAAAAUCAGGUUGUUAGGAGUGGAGUUAACAGAUAUAAGAGUUGUAGAGAAGGCCAUAGUGAGCUUACCCGAAAGGUUUGAGUCCAAAAUUUCUUCCCUUGAGGACUCUAAGGACAUGUCUCAGAUCACCUUGACUGAGCUUGUUCAUGCACUCCAAGCUCAAGAGCAAAGAAGACUCUUGAGGCAAGAAGACACAAGUGAGGGUGCAAUGAUAGCAAAUAAAAAGGGCAAGCCUAUUAGCAAUGAAGCUUGGCUGAUUGAUAGUGGUUGCACCAACCACACGGCUGAAGACCUGCACAAAUUCAUUAAUCUGGAUAAGUUAUAUAGCUCUAGAGUUAAGAUAGGAAAUGGUGACUCUGUGGAGGUCAAAGGCAUAGGAGAUGUUGCUAUCCAAAUACAAUCAGGUACUAAAAUCAUCCCUAAUGUCUUGUAUGUACCUGAAAUUAAUCAAAAUUUGUUAAGUGUUGGGCAAAUGUUAGAGAAGGGUUAUUCUCUACAUUUUCAAAAUCAGGCUUGUGUUAUAUUAGAUGGUGAUGGAAAUGAAUUAAUGUGUGUGAAAAUGAUGGGAAAAAGCUUCUCGAUUGAGUGGAAGAAACCUGGUAAUUUAGCUUUAACAUCUAGACUGGAAGAAUCAUAA